AUGAGCACUAGUUUGAAAGCACCCAAACAAUCUAGGAAAUUAGGCAAGUUUCUUAGAGGACACCCUGAAGUCUGCAAAAUGAAGAUGCCUAAGCAUAUGGGAAGAUCAAGGUUCCAUGCCAACACUGCAAUGGAGAAUGAUAGGGACCUUAGCUCUUCUGUCUUGAUAAGUUCAUCUCCAAAGCAAAAUUCAAACAUUAGGAAGGCAACAAUAGAUUACCCAGAUAGGGAUUCAAUUGAGCAAGACAGCAUCUUGAAGGACUUCAAGAUGAUAAAUAGCAUUCAGAGAGGGAACCACUCUAGUAUUCCAGACUUCUUGGACGUAUCACCAAAGAAAAAGUCUUACUGGAGUCUCUUCUACAGACAACUCUUUCCUGAAGACUGUUACCGUCAGACACUAUUGAAAUAAAAUAAUCGUAAAGACUGCCAGCCAGGAUCCUGGAAAACUUAAGAGAGACUAUGCCGAACGCACUAGGUCCUUAGAUCCGAUGCUUCAUGGCCAGGACUCAGUGUGCAAGUCCACAGACAUGGAAGAGCUUAAUAUCUCCAGGUUAUUGGAAUACCGCAGGAACAAUUCUUGCAGGAAGACUAGACAAAAGACUCUUACAAAAUCAAUGCUGGAUAGCCACAUUUUGAAGAAAAAGCUAAGACUAGCAGUUAAAGAGCCAAGACAAAGGAGGCUUAAGAAGUUAGAAUUUCAAAAUUUGGAUUCGUUUAAGAGGAGUGAAUCUGUUAUCCAAGAGGGGCUUCAAACUCCUGUGCUGUCUGAAUCGAAGAGGAGAAAGCAGUCGGGUCUGUCUAAGCCUAGCUCUCCUCCUCAGUUGAAAGCAAUGAGUUUAACUAAGAAAUUUGAGAUGAAAGGAUCCUUCUUUGUAUCCUCUAAUUUAUCACAAUUUUGUAAUAAGAAAAAUAAAGAUAUGAAGUCAGUAGAUUCUUCAAACACCGAAGAAAUUAGAAAGUUCACCUAAAAGAAAAAAUUUAAAUAUAGUCAAGGGCGAAUAUGAUCAAGGAUUUAGUCAUUUCUUAAGCUACGAUU